AUGACUGCCCUAGUCCCAUCACUGAUCACUCAUAAGUCCAAACCAAAAGCAGCAGCCAAGUCCAAGUCAGGCUGUGCAAAAGUGCGCUUUUGGAUACCUCCUGCAGGCAACAAGACGCCUCAUCAUUCGCCAACAAACAAUCGUGAUGCUACAAAUGCUGUCGUGGCCACUGAGUCUGCAGCCACUCCCACUUCCCUCUCAGUCUCGGCAGCACAGUUACAAGACCCGUCGACGAAUACUCGCGCCGACUUCGAGAUUGCCUAUAAAAUAAGAAAAGCCACUGAUUCGGUAGCUGUCCAAUAUCUCGCCACACUCCUCUGUCGAAAUGAUAUUGCAGAGACGACAUGCCGUUUGAAGCAGAAUCGCAUCGACUUAGGCGAGGUUAUCGAGGCAGCACAAGAGCAAGUUGAAAAAGUCAAGAAGAUGGAGAAGCAUUGGCGAAUGUGCCUCCCUUCCUCAACCAAGGACUAUACGCAAAUGCCAAUCAGCAAACCAAAGGCAACUCGCGAAUCACUCAGGCAUUUCGACGAUAUAAGAAUGGAGUAUGCGAAGGUGAUUGCUUACCUGGAUGUGAUAAAUGAUCUAAAAGUCGAGCGAAGCCUCCUCCUCGAUGAUCAGGAGUUCAUGUGCGGCCAUACCCUGUAG